CUAAUCGUUUAGAACAGCAAGUUUCUGCUCCGGGUGGCACUGAAGAUGUUGCCAGCUUUGUUGAGACUCACUUCCCAGCUGGAGACCAGAGUCCAGAGGGGAAUGAAGGGGUGCUGUGUUCCGACUCUCUCCCCCCCGAGAAAACUCUUCUCCUUCAGCCUGCAGGCAGCAAUGGGGCCGUAGCCCCGGAACAGCAUGGAAUGCCACGGGACCGCGGUGCCAAGACAGGUGCCGAUAUAAAUAUCCCUGGUGGAGGCUCGAACAACGAGAGCCAAGAGGAGGAGGACGGCGGGAACGUCGCCAGUGAUUCCUCGGUGGUGUUGGAAGACGCCCCGGCUGCCGGCAGCAAUGCUGAGCGAGGUGCGGUUGAGGAGAGAGAGGCAGAUGCAGCCCAAGGGACUCCUCUCCCAGGGGACGAUGCAGAAGGGCUGCUGGGCAGUGAACAGCCGAGGGGCAGGAAGAGUGAAGCUGCAGAGGAGAACGGGGAGUUCCGUGUUGCUGGGGUUGAAAUCAGACUGGGAGAGGCUGGGAGUGAAAAGGAACCAAACUCUCCUCUAGCCCACAGGCCUGCAGCAGAGAGGCAGGUUUUUCAGGGUGGUUCAAAGGCUGUGGCUGGAGAGGAGGCGGCAGCAGCAGAGCACCGCUCAGGGCCCGAAGAGGGUGAAGAUGCUGCUGGAAAGGAAAGCGAAGCCAGCGAGGGAUCCCAGAAGAGCACCCGGCCCUCAGAGGCCAGCGGAGAAUCGCCCCCUGCGGGAGAUGCAGGUAGCGCUGAACCGGCUCUAGCCGCGGCAGGAACUCUUGAGGAAGAGGGGACGCAGCCAGAGGAACGCACCAGAGAAGACACGAGCCGGAGUCGACGUGUCAGCCGAGAUGCCGACUCUCAUGCGCCAGGUGAGGACCAUGCCAACGAGCAAGACAAAGGCGCCUCCGGCUCAGAGGAGACCAGUUCUGUCCCUGGAGAACCCCGUGGGGACAACGGACUCGCUGCCAAAGAGAAGGAGCCUGAUUCAGGCAAUGGAGCUGGGGACAGCCCAGAGGAACACGCUGAUGGCCAGCCAGCAGAAAGGGGCCAAGAAGAGGCUGUCACUGCUUCAGCUGCGGGAGUGGGAGAAAACCCCGACUUGGACACAGAGGAGUCGGAAGAAAGUUCCGAGGAAGAGGGUGAUGACCAGGAAGAGUCCGAGGAAGAGGAAGAGACAGAACAUGUUGAGGAGACUGCCAAGAGGGACCGCUCCCACAUAGAGAACACCCUCAAGCUGAAUGAGGAUAAGCCAGCAGACGACUACUCAGCCACACUGCAGCGGUUGAGGAAGAUCUACCACUCCUCCAUCAAGCCCCUGGAGCAGUCCUACCGCUACAACGAGCUCCGGCAGCAUGAGAUCACAGACGGGGAGAUCACUUCCAAGCCGAUGGUGCUGUUCUUGGGACCGUGGAGUGUUGGCAAAUCCACCAUGAUAAACUACCUCCUAGGGCUGGACGACACGCCCUACCAGCUGUACACAGGGGCCGAACCAACCACCUCUGAGUUCACGGUCAUCAUGCAUGGCCCAAAGCUGAAGACCAUUGAGGGCAUUGUGAUGGCCGCUGACAGCGCCCGCUCCUUCUCGCCCCUCGAAAAGUUCGGGCAGAACUUCCUGGAGAAGCUGAUCGGGAUAGAGGUGCCUCAUAAGCUCUUAGAGAGGGUCACCUUUGUAGACACGCCGGGCAUCAUUGAAAACCGCAAGCAGCAAGAACGAGGUUAUCCAUUCAACGAUGUGUGCCAGUGGUUCAUCGACAGAGCAGACCUCAUCUUUGUCGUCUUUGACCCUACAAAGCUGGAUGUGGGGCUGGAGCUGGAAAUGUUGUUUCGCCAGCUGAAGGGCCGGGAGUCUCAGAUCAGAAUAAUCUUGAACAAAGCGGACAGUCUCGUCACCCAGGAACUGAUGAGAGUCUAUGGCGCUUUGUUCUGGAGCUUGGCUCCUCUGAUCAACGUCACGGAACCUCCCCGGGUCUACGUCAGCUCCUUCUGGCCACUGGAGUAUCAGCCUGAAACCCACAAGGAUCUGUUCCUGAAAGAAGAGAUCUCACUCCUGGAAGACAUGAACCAGGUGAUUGAAAACAGGCUGGAGAAUAAGAUUGCCUUCAUCCGCCAACAUGCCAUCCGGGUGCGCAUCCAUGCUCUCCUGGUCGACCGCUAUCUGCAGACCUACAAGGACAAAAUGACCUUCUUCAGCGACGGGGAGCUGGUCUUCAAGGACAUUGUGGAUGACCCGGACAAGUUCUACAUCUUCAAGUCCAUCCUGGCGAAGACCAAUGUCAGCAAGUUUGAUCUCCCCAACCGCGAGGCUUAUAAGGACUUCUUCGGCAUCAACCCCAUCAGCAGCUUCAAGCUGCUUGCUCAGCAGUGCUCCUACAUGGGGGGCUGUUACCUGGACAAGAUAGAAAGGGCCAUUACUCACGAGCUGCCCGACCUCUUGGGGAGCAUUGGCUUGGGGAAAAAGCCCAGCGUUCUCUCCUGCGACACGACUGGCUGUGGGGAAAGCCCAAGGAACCGCUAUAGGAAACCGUAACGUGCGAUCGACUAAUGUCACCAUUCAUGUGCUCCUAUUGGUGAAUGAGCUUAUGUCUUAUCUGUCCAAGAAGCCGUGGUUUAUUAACCCUUUGAGUGCCACACUGGAAUGAACUCCUGCACAACAAGGCCUUUGAGGUGCUGACAUUAAAGGCCAGGGAAGCUGGGUGGGCAUGGAAAAGAAUAAAGAACUGUGAAUUCCUGGCA